CAUUCUGUAAAUGCAAAUCACUCCGCAAGUGAAUAUCAUUCUAUUCGACGUAUCAUCGAUAGUUUAUGCUCUGCACUUUGAAAUCGGUUCGAUGUUUAGUGAUAGUGAAGCUAUCGAUUGUCGAUUAUUCCUAAUAUCAGCUGUUGCCGGCUUUUGUUUAUAUUGCCACACUUAUUUAUAACUGUUAAAGUUGGAUAUAAUGCCAACAAUAAUUGCUUUGGAUGCGUCGCUAUCGAUGCUACGUCCUGUGCCAGGGCGCAACGACCACACGUACCAAUCGCUAGCCCUGAAGGGCAUUCAACAUCUGCUGGACAAUCUGACCGCUUCUGGAAAACUCGAACACGUAGCCUUGGUGUUGUACACCACAGUUUGUGAGCUAAAAGUAGAUUUUACGCGCGACUACGAUCAGAUCCGGCAAGCGAUCAAGAAAAUUGAUCCCCUGGACAAGGCUUGUCUGCUUACCAUGCUCAAGACUUCCGUCAGUCUAAUGGCCACAUGGGGCACACAGAAUCUUCUGCAGUUGGUGGUGUUUACGGACUGCGGUCCGGGCUUUGGCAGCACAUCGAUUAGCAAUUUUUUGGAGGGAUAUGCGGGCAAAGAAGCCGAGCCCGAAUACGCUUGGCUCAAAAUACUGGCCACCUACAAUCUGAACUUUAUCUGCCUGGGUGUCCAUGCCGAUUUAUAUUUUACGCGGGGCGUGGCGCUGCAUCAACAGUUGCUGGACGCAGCCGCACUGAAAGGUCAGCUGUUCAUGACAAAACCGGUGAAAAACGUUGAGACAGGAGACUCUACACCUGGAUGCAGCCAUAAAAGCGAGCUGGGUCGCACCGCCCUUUUUGAGCUAAUCGAGCGUCUGUGCGACUGCAGCUAUAAAUCAACUGAGGUAACGCUUAAAUGCGGCCUCUACUUCCGCAUGGAGGGCCAAGUGCUGCUCUGGCCGCCACCGAUGCCAUAUGAGCAGAGCGCACUCUAUGUCGGAGAUCCCACAAUUCGGCACAUCGAUCAACGCAUUGAUGUCUGCGGUUUCCUGGCGCUGUCAGAUAUCGGCUCACCGGCCACGCUGAGUCGACACUGGGUGAUGCCCAAAGUGGAGCGCGAGAAGCCGACUCGGCGCUCUGGUGGAUUGGCAGCAGUUGUCAAGCCUCCCAAGCUAACGCUGGACACCAGCAAUCCUCAUUAUGAGCUUGAGAAACUUGAGCAGGAUAUACGCGACUUCUACAUGAAGGAUACCAAGGAGGCCGAGGAGAGCGGCGAUGAUGCUGACGUGAGUGUGAUGCUCAAACACCCCACUACGCCCCAAGCGGAGCAACAAAAGGACAAUCUGUGUGUGCUGCUCCAUGGCGCCCUCAAGCUCGAGAAUAUGGCCGCGCUGGUGCUGCUGGGCGAGAAGUGGUACGGCUUCAUGUAUGCCUACACCGAUCUUAAGAAGAAAUCCAACUUUAUGCUGAAUAUAUUGCCACCGGGCUCCCAUGUUAUACCCUGGCUGGGUGACCUGGAGCUCCUCGGUUUUUCCACGGAUUUGGCGCCUGGCGAAACAGCCAGCUUCCCGGUUCGCGCGGAACGUCGUUCAUAUUCGCAAAGCAGCGUCGUUUGGAUACGACAGGCCAGCCUGCAGUCCGACGUACAGAAGGUGUUGCGGCAUGCCAAGAAAAUGCCCGAUAAGACGCAACAUUUCUAUAAGGAACUCAAUCGCAUUCGGCGCGCUGCUCUGGCCCUUGGUUUUGUAGAGCUCCUUGAGGCAUUGGCGCUGCUCCUGGAAAAGGAAACCACACAGCUCACAUUGAAUGGCGUCAGCACCGAGUGCACUUUGCAGCUGCAACAUGCGGCCACAGAGCUGCGAAAGACAUCAAAUCGUGACAUCAAAUCGACAAUUGUGCCGUUACAGAAGGCAACGGCUGCUGAUACCACAACGGCUCCAGCGCCCGCACAAGGCGGUUAUUUGUACUAGAAGUUAGGUUAAAACUUUUAAUA